AUGGAUGAUGUAUUUGGAGAGAACCUGAAGCAAGAGCGUCAGUGUGCAUGCCGGCCUCCGGUCACUGCUGCUUGUUGUUGCCAUUGCUGCUACGUUUGCCAGUUCUUGCUGUUCAUGGUCAUAUUCCCGCUGUGGACAAAGUGGUUAGUGACAAACCCAAUGCCCACGCAGUAUUGGCAUGAGCAGUAUCCAAAGUGGCCGUCCAUUGCCGCCGUGGGAGGGCAGGAUCUUGCAGGGGAAAGCCUUUCAAAGUACCCAAUUGAGAUGUCGCCUAUCCCAACAGAAGCAGACAGCUGCAACUACAGCUGCUCUUCUUGGCGUGGCUACCGAACAAAUGAGAUGAAUUUCCGCGUCAGCUUGACGGUCAACGACUCCGUGCUGUCAAAGGGCUAUGUGCACACCAUUUAUCCGGUCUUGAUGGCAAGUGCUGACUUCCAGGAUUGGUGGGUGGUCGCAGACAGGCGGCAUGCCUACCCGCAACCUUUCUGGCGUGCCAAGACAGACACAACCGGACACGCGUACACAUACACAACAGACACCUGUAUUGCCCCACCCACGGGUGAGAAGGUGACUCGCGAAGCAAAUUCGGGAGUUUAUGUGCUGGCGUGCGUGGUGUGGAGUCCAUCCAGUUUUGCUGAAUUAGAAGGCAAAACGCAGCUGGAUGAUGCAGACCUCGGCCAAUACUGCUAUACAGCAGGCGGCGUUUGUGGCUGGACUUGUGAUUCCGUGGUGAAUUCUGACUUGCUAGAGGGAUGCACGGCAGACAGCACCAUCAAGAUGACUUCGUCUUCCGUCGCUGGGCGAGAAAUCCCUUCAGCAAGCUUCCAGGGAAAAAUCGAGAUGAGGGAGUGCCUUGAAGGGGCUCACACCGGGAAGUGCGAGACAGCCACAGAGAAAUUCAAGCAAUGGAAGUGCCACAAGUGCUUGUAUGACCCAAGAACAGAGGACGACAUGCGAAGACGAUUGCAGAUCAUUCCAGGAAUUGGUGGCUUGCCAGCUGGCUUGCCUGGGAUGGACCCUGAUCCUGACAGCCCACUCCCAGGAGCCGGUGGUGAUGGUGGCUUGCCAGGCAUCAUUGGCGGAGACGACUCAUCAGGCGCCAAGAAAACCCCCACGAUUUACACUUCACUCCCGCGCUUCCACGUCACCGUCAGCGGAGCAACCAUCCCAAAAGGCACAGAUGUUUUCAGUCAGCCGCGCAUUUUCAUCCUGCAAUCCUCAAGGGAUGAGCGCGGUACCUGGCGAAAGCUCUACAAGAAUGAUUAUGGCAUGACGCAGCCACCUGAGGCUGUAGACAAAGACGGCAAGCCGCUGAUCAAAAAGGAUGACUCUGACUCAUAUGAUGAAGAACUCGCUCCUGUUCAGGACCCUGUGAGCAAGCACGCUAUGUCGCUGAACCAGCAAAAUCGAUUGGAGAUUGACCCUGGCUGGUGCUAUGGCCGCCAGGGACCACUUUACUUGGUGGCCUGUGCCGUCAACAGUACCCUCUAUGAGGGAGGAUUCACGAGGUUCAAGCCAGGACAAGAGGCUGCGCCUCCGCCUUUCAACGACCGUUGUGUGGCUGUCUCUGGCCGCUGUGCCCAUGCCUGCCAACCGGAUCAAACCCCCAUGGCAAAUUGCACUGCAGAUGGCUACAUUCUUCAAGAUUCCUUGGUGGGGUAUGUCGGGUAUGAGAAGAAUCAGACGGCACCUGUUUGGCUCUUCUGCUAUGUGCUGCUGAUUGGUUUCGGAGUGAAGGCCGUCAUGCUUUGCCCAGGCGUGUUUUCGCCAUAUCCGCACUUCCGGCGGUACGAUCCAGAACUUACUGCGGCAUUGAGGUACAUAGUUGUGACUGUUCCCAGUGCGGGAGAGAACAAAUGCACAGUGUUGCGGAAUAUCGUUGGCGCUAUCGGUUGCAUGCCAAAGGAUUGCAGGUGCCGGUACCAUGUCGCCUUCGUCGAUGAGGGCCACCGAGCUGAGCAGAAGGUGAUGUUCAUGAAGCUGGCCGCCAUCAUUGAGAAGAUCCCCAAUUUCGGAGGCGCUUCCUAUGAGGAGAACGUGAGCCGCUUCUUCCAGCAAUGGGUGGAAGACACCAAAAAGAUGGAUUUGAAGAAGCUGAAAGAUGGUUAUGAUGGAGAGGUAGAGCCAAAAGACAUGGAAAAGAUGUGUGGGAAAAAUGCCUUGAAGACCUUGAAGAAGGAAGGUGGCUGGGGUUCCAUGCCAAACCAUGUUCUUGAUCCUUUGAGCGAUGCUUUGGGGGUGUUGGAGGAGGACCUCCGAAACCUCAGAAAGGAGAAGAAAGAUCUCCAUCGUGAUGAUGUGGCCGACUGGGAGCCCCAGGACCGCAACAGCCUGGCACUGCGCCUGCACUACCUCUCGCGCGCGAAGCCAAUGGAAGAUGAGCGCACCAUCAAAGCACAGCAUGUGGCUCCCGGAACCUGGUACUACAAGGUCCCCCAGAAUGCCGAAAACAAAGACUGGCUGAAGUUGCGCGCCAAUGCGCGGCAGAUGGUCUACGGCUUGGAGGAUGAGGAUCACUUCAUGAACAACGUGCCACUCCGGACCAGCCGUGGAAAGGCUGGAGGUCUGAACUUUGCAGAGAACUAUCUUUGCCUGUACGCAGACAAGGCAGAGAACACUUAUGGUGACAGUCGCGAUGACGCACCUUGCCUCUACAGCAUUUGCGACGCACGACAUCAGUUCCAAACGGAUUUCUUCCACAGCACUAUUCCGUAUUUCUUCAACGAUGACAUGGAGCUGAACCGCUAUGUCGGUUUCACACAGUGCCCGCAGUACUUCCAUGAGAUGCAGGACGAGGUCGAUUACUUGGACAACAACAACGCCCAGUUCUUCCGCUUGAAUUGCAUGAUUCGAAACUGCUGCGGUGGUGUUAGCUCCUGUGGAACAAACGGCACUUGGAUGAUUAAACAUCCGCAGGGAGACUUGGUGUGGGAAAAGGAGCGCAGGCGUGUGCGCGAUGCGGACAGCAAGCGCAAGAUCUCGGAGUAUGUUGAGCGCCGUACAUUCCACGAGAGCUGCAAGGUCGAGGACACGGCAAGUAGUUUGCAGCAAGUGCUUCGAGGUCGGCGAUCUCAGUUCAUCAACCGCAGAUUGUCCUACGGUAUGGCCAAGAACCCUAUUGACUACCUGGCAGCUGUGCAGCGUUGGGCUGAGGGAGGAGUGGUCCUGUCCUUGCAAACGUUCUUCAGCUGUCACAAGGGCGUGUACAUGGUCUGGUUCACGCUGAUCUUCUUCUUCUGCUUCCUUGCGUCGCUGUUCCGCCUCGUCGGCAAGACUGACACGACCUGGGAAGUUGUCAAGUGGGGCUUGGUAGAUGAAAGCUGGUACAAGCAGACCAUGCAGCCGGUCAUCGGCUGGUUGCGAAGCUUCGCCCUGGUUGCCAAGAGCGAGUACUUUGCGCAGCAUCCUGAUUUGCUCGAAACAUACUUGACCAUGACGCUCCAAUUCAUCAUUUGGGUUGUCAGCUUGAUCAUCUUCCUAGUACUGGUCUUCCUUUUCACCGAGCUGCUCAAGUUCAUCCAGCGCCGAUGUGGUUUGCAGUUGCCAGUGGUUUGGCCAGAUGAGAUGCGGUGGUGGGCACGACUGCUGAUCUCCAUGGACAACUUGACAUACUUCCUGUGGUUUUGGACAGCUUUCUUCUGGAUUAGCUUCAACUACUACAGCAUUUUCGCAAAGCGAACGUACCACUUCUCCUCCACGGGCAUGUUCACGUUCAUGCUCAUUGUGCAGAUCUUGAGCUGGGGUAUGGUCAUUGCCUCCUCCAUGCGCUACACGCUGUCAACCAGUAUGGAGGCAAAUGAAGUCAUCGGACUUUCUAUGGACAACAUUUGGCGCUCAACGCAGUUGUUCUACAUGACCGCUCCGCUGUUGCUCUACUCCAUCAUCAAGGGCACACAGGAUUAUAUCAGAUACCAAAUGUAUGGAGAGGAUAUCAGCUUCUGGGUUGGUGGAGAUCGUGGUGUGAUGUCUACCAACCUGGUGAAGUAUUGGACGUUGCUUUUGAUCCUAGGGGCCAUGGGCGCCUGGAUCUACUACAUCAUCGAGGGCCGCAAGCAUACAGGAGUCAUGUCUGCCGUGCUCAUCGUUUCCCUGAUUGCCUUGGACGUGCUCCACCCAUGCACGUACCUUUGGGUGGGUCGCACAAAGAUGACCAAAGAAAAAUCCGCCAAGCUUACAUGGAGCCAAGCCCUGGUGACCCGCGGAUGGUGGGAGCUGAUGCUUCAGAGGCUAAUUCUGAACCCCACCGUCACGGGCGUGUUCAAGUGGCUGGGGCCUGCAUGGUUUGUGCUCAUGCCUUUCCUCGUGCUCUUCAUGCCCUACAUUGGAGUGAACCAAGCCUUCAUGAUGAUUGGAUCCACCACCAAUCGCUAG